CCACAUGGCAAAUAUUUCAGGAAUCAUAUUUUAGUUGUAUUGUGUUGUUCGUAGAGACAACAUUUCUAAAUUAAACGCUGUUGAAUAAAAUAAAAUAUAUAUAAUAAAAAAUAUAUAUAAUACUAAACCGUGAAAUACAAGAAACAAAUUGAACAAAAACGAAACCAUGGGAGAACCAGAAAAAGCUAUAACUGACUUUGACGCUGAAGCCGAUGCUGAGAAAUACGAUGAUGAGCCCGAUGAAUCGCUGGGUGAACGCGUCUGGGGAUUAAGUGAGAUGUUUCCGGAAUCGGUGCGCAAUGCUGCCGAUGUUAUAACACGGACCACUGUGAAGGGCAUUAGCACUCUUUACACAUUCACAUGCAAUGCAUCCUGGAUCUUCUUUACCACAUCUGUUAUAUUGUUUGCUCCGGUUAUUUUUGAGACCGAACGUGCCCAAAUGGAGGAGCUGCAGAAAUCGCAGCAGAAACAAGUGCUCCUGGGACCGGGCAAUGCUGUGAUUCCAUCUGGACCUUCAGCCAAUUUGCCAUUGAUUCGUUGAAAAAUGAAAAACAGCACACGUUACACACACAAACACACACACACACACACACACACACUUCAAACCACAUUUACGUUAGAGUUUAAGUUAAGCAAACAAAAUAUGCAGCGACAGACGCUCCACUCAGAUCCUGGUUAUUAUACAUACAAAUCUACAUACUUAAAGGCGAUAUAAGAACACGCAUUUAAUAAUAAGCCCUUUCGUCACAUACACAUACAUACAUGCAGAAAUAGUACAAGUUAGUAAGCCCUUAAUACACAUACAAAUAAUUAACUCACUAAGCAGCAGUCAAACAAAUGAUCUAUGUAACAAAAAAAAAAAAUACAACAAUAUAUACUAAAAAUAUUCA